AUGGGGAUCCCCAGUGUGACCACAAACCUCUCUGGGUUCGGCUGCUUCAUGGAGGAGCACGUGUCCGACCCCUCUGCGUACGGGAUCUACAUUGUGGACCGGCGCUUCAGGUCUGCAGACGACUCGUGUAACCAGUUGACCCAGUUCAUGUUGAGCUUCUGUGGACAGUCUCGACGCCAGAGGAUCAUCCAGAGGAACCGCACUGAGCGCCUGUCCGAGCUGCUGGACUGGAGAUACCUGGCCCGGUUCUAUAGUCACUCGCGGCACCUGGCCCUCAGCAGAGCUUUCCCAGACCAGUUCAGAGCGGAUCCAGUGGCUUCUCUCCAGGCUGAAGGCUUCCGUUACCCCAGACCGUACUCUGUGCCCCCCUCCCCCUCUGCCUCCCUCCACUCCACCCCCCACCACAGCGACGAGGAAGAGGAGGAGGACUACGACGAAGACCUGGAGGCCGAGAAGGACCGCGUGAACAUCCGAGCGCCCUUUGUGCUCGGCUCUGCGUCCGACCACAACUGA